GAGUCGAUUUUUCUUGCGAGGGUAUCGACAGUAGCAGAUGUCUGGAACAUUUCAGUCCUCACCUCUUACCAAGAACGAUACUUGUGGAUGCCACCCAUCUUGGAUUGUCAGCAUUAUAACAAUCAACAAUGGCAUUGCUGAAGCAUGAAGAUGUACCUAUUAUUAGGGGCUUGCCGGCACCAACAGGGAUGAAGAAUGCCGUUAACAUGGUUACCAUGAGGAUCUCCAUCGCGCCUACAGUAUGUAUUAUUUUACUGGCACAGCCUGCGCCUUGCUGAAAUUAAACUCCUAUAAUGCUGGAUAUAGAUUUCAUUAUGCAAGGCCUGUCCGAUAUCUAUUGACCCCUCUUCGAUUUAAAUACAAAGCCGGCCACUUUCGUCGCACCGUCGCACAGUCGAAAAACAGAGUUUGCAUUCACCAGUUUAGAGUUGUACCCAACAACACCUGAUACUCAUCACGCCAAAUCACGGAAGUCACAUAGCUACCUCACCAAUACAUUGUCUUAUGAUCAUAAUACGACACACGACGAGCUCAUGUCGGCAACAAUAACUUUGACGAUGGCGCAGACGUCAGGAAUCGAAUCUGCAUGUCCUAAUUGUGGAAUGGCUUUACCGCACAACAGUUCGCAGAUUGCAGCUGAUGCGCAGAAAGAAAUUGAGGAGUUACAAGCUCAAGUAAAGUUACUGACAGAGAAAGCGACGGCCGCAGUGGAUAAAUGGGCAGACUACGAAGACGAAAUCCAAUCACUUAAAAGGGCGCACUACCCGCAAACCCCAGAACCUCAGCGCGCAACAACACCAACACAAGUGCACACUGAAGACCGACUUGGAAGCCCGAGUCGUUUCUCAUAUCUGCCUGUUCAGAAUCGACUUUCUUCUCUGCUAUCUCGCAAGUCCACACCGAAUCUACAAGCUCAGCAACCGCCAACACCUCCAACGCCUUCUACAACAGAGUUAGUAGCUGCCUUGACAAGGGAGCAGGGGCUACGACAGGCUGCGGAGGGCAAAUUAAAUGAAUCCAGUGUCGAACUGGAAGAACUGACGGCACAGCUGUUUACACAAGCCAAUGAAAUGGUUGCUACGGAACGAAAGGCAAGGGCGAAACUCGAAGAGCGAGUUGAAAUUUUGGAGCGAAGAGAUGGAGAAAAGAGGAAACGACUGGAAAGGCUUGAAGGCGCAGUUCAAAGGAUUGAGAGAGUCAGGGGUCUUUUGGCACCAGGACGAUGAGAAAAGAGAACACGACGAUACGACUAAAUGCAUGAGGAUAAGACAACGCGGAGCACACAUUUUGGAAAAGGGGCUACGGAGUUAUGUGCGUAUGCGGCAGAAGGUUGUAGUUUCGAGUCAUGCAAAAUCAUCCCA